CACUUCAGGAAGGGGUGGUAUAAAGAGCAGCCAUCCCGCCUCACUUCUCCUGCACUCUCCCACCUCAGCACUCACAUAGGCACCUCUCCCACCGCCUCCAUAUACCUCAUCACCCGCACUGGGCACUUACACACCACAUGAAAGUUGGGCACAAGCUCUGCCAACUUAAGCUGCAGCCACCGCAAGUUCUGCAGCCCAGGGGUAAAGAAGGGGGCACAUUCUGUACUCUAACAAGGGACCCCACCAUCAGCAACCGUGGACUCUGCGGAGGAAUCAGCUGUGGGUCUGUACACCAUGACUACUCUCAAGACUGACAGUGAGCACAACAAUAACAUAGAGGAAGAGGUCAGAACGCUCUUUGUCAGUGGUCUUCCAAUAGACAUCAAACCCAGGGAACUAUACUUACUUUUCCGCCCGUUUAAGGGUUAUGAAGGAUCACUCAUCAAGCUAACCUCAAAACAGCCUGUAGGCUUUGUCACCUUUGACAACAGGGCCGGUGCGGAAGCUGCAAAGAAUGCCUUAAAUGGUAUCCGUUUUGAUCCGGAGAACCCACAGACCUUAAGACUAGAGUUUGCGAAGGCCAACACAAAGAUGGCCAAGAACAAAUUAAUGGCUACACCUAACCCCACACACCUCCACCCUGCACUUGGAGCACACUUCAUUGCACGAGAUCCAUAUGACCUAACGGGUGCUGCACUGAUCCCAGCCUCACCAGAAGCUUGGUCUCCCUAUCCACUGUACACUGCAGAGCUGGCACCAGCAAUCCCUCACGCUGCAUUUACUUACCCAGCGGCGGCGGCUGCAGCUGCUGCUCUACAUGCACAGAUGCGUUGGUAUCCACCAUCUGAAGCCACCCAGCAAGGAUGGAAAUCGCGCCAAUUCUGCUAAAAGCUCUUUGGAUUGAAACCUUCCCUCCAACCCCUUUCGGAUUUUUUAUUUUUUUCUCCAUGAAGUGAUGUACCAAACAUGAAUAAGUAUUCACUGAACAUUGUAUUUCUCCAUAAGCCUCCGAAUGUUUGGUCCAGAUUUCCCAACAUGGAGUCGUCAAGCAAAUCCCUUGAAUUGGUUUGGACUUUCUGUGGAAUAUUAACCAGUCAGCUGGGUGACUUCAUUAACUUAGUCUAAAUAAAGAUGCCUCAUGACUUCUGAAACUGUGGUAGAACAAGGCAUGGUUACAGCAAGCAAGUCCAGGCCAUGCUUUGUUAAUUUGUGACUCUUACAACCAACCUUUUAUUGCAUGAAUUUACUAUUUAAGUGUGUGGUAAUGAUCUGUUGCUUGUGUACCAGAUUCAGAAGGUCUACCUUGUGACCUUUUUGAUCUAGUCAUGCUUCUAAUGUGCUGCUCAUUUCACCACCUCAAACGCAGUCUGAAAGUCUUCUAACCUGAUCAUCAACUUUAGUUAACUUUUUUCAUUGGAGAGUCAGUUUUUUUGCCAAAUAAUGCAACCUUAUGAGGAAAUGGAGCAAAAGUACCAGUAUUUUUGUAACUUGUUUAAUAAGGAUAUAUUUAUGCAUCGUUUGUUUGUUUUUUCUGUGUGGUAUUAAUAAUUAAAAAUAUAUAUUAAUCUGUCUAAGUUAAUGUUCAGUUAAAGAGCUCAGAUGCUGUAUGGUUUGUCUACUGUACUCUAUGAACAAUUGUGCAAUUUUGUUUUGCUGCAGUCUACUGCUUGGUAUUGAAGUUUUCAGUAUUAUGAAAGGUCUCCUGCUUGAACAGAGAAACUGUUUCUCUAAUAAUGAUUCUGAGAAUGUGAUACUGGAUAAAAUAUAAACUAUUUAAGAAGUGUUGGUGUGAAUUUGAAAUUUCUGACCCAUUAAAGCAACUGAAAACCCA